AACACGACAAUUCAAUUUUGCAUGCAACAAGCAAGAUUGAGUGAGGUUAUGUUUAUAUUAAAAAGUGCACGUGAAUUCCCGAAUUAUGUUGUUAAUAAAAUAGUAAAUUACGAACAUGUUGAAGUCUAAAGAUUUAGGAGAUGACCUCCCUGGGUUUGAGGUUCCUUCCGAAGAAAAACCGGCCGACAAUGAGUUACAGAGUGGGAAAAAGAAGAAAAAAGGAUCUGGGGGUUUCCAAUCCAUGGGUUUCAGUUUUCCUGUGCUGAAAGGUAUAACUAAAAGAGGAUAUAAACAGCCGACGCCUAUUCAAAGAAAGACAAUCCCACUAGCAUUGGAAGGUAAAGAUGUUGUUGCCAUGGCUCGCACUGGCUCGGGUAAAACUGCCUGCUUCGUGUUACCCAUUUUGGAAAAACUCACAUCACCAGCCAGCAAGCCCAUGCCAGGGAAAAACUUCAGGGCACUUAUUUUGUCUCCCACAAGAGAAUUAGCACUCCAGACUUUAAAGUUUGUAAGAGAACUGGGUAAAUUCACCGGUCUAUCAUCAGCAGCGAUCCUCGGAGGAGAAUCCAUUGAGCAGCAAUUCAGUGUGAUGUCUGGAACUGCUCCGGAUAUAGUGGUUGCGACUCCCGGAAGAUUCUUACACAUUUGCAUCGAAAUGAGCCUCAAAUUGGAUAAUAUUAAUACAAUAGUAUUUGAUGAAGCUGACCGCCUGUUUGAACUCGGUUUUGGGGAACAGCUGAGGGAAAUAGUGGCCAGAUUGCCGUCUAGUCGCCAGACGUUAUUGUUCUCUGCUACAUUACCCAAGAUGCUGGUAGAAUUCGCCAGGGCAGGUCUCUCAGACCCCAUGCUGAUCCGCCUAGACGUUGACUGGAAGCUUCCAUCCACGUUGUGGCUCGGCUGGAUAUCAGUGAGAGCUGAGUUGAAGACGGCAGCUCUCCUGUUUCUGCUGGACAAAGUGCUGACUGCGCACACGCCGCAGGCGGUCGUCUUCGCGGCAACUAAACAUCACGUCGAAUACUUGCAUUUAAUACUACAAAAGGCCGGUAUAACAUCAACCUACGCGUACUCAGGUCUAGACUCGUCAGCCCGCAAGAUAGCCCUCGGUCGCUUCACCAACAAGAAGUGUUCAGUUCUUAUAGUUACCGAUGUGGCCGCUAGAGGAUUAGAUCUGCCAGCUUUGGACACGGUCAUAAAUUACAACUUCCCGGCCACGCCAAAGCUGUUUGUCCAUAGAGUUGGUCGUAGUGCCAGAGCAGGUCGCGCCGGGCGGGCGUUCUCCUUAAUCUCCGCCGACGACGUCGCCCACCUGCUCGACCUGCAACUAUUCCUGGGCACAGAGCUCAAGAGCCCGACGCAAUCGGCUGGCGCGGGGGCGGCGUGCGAGUCGGGCGUGUAUGGCUCUGUGCCCACCGCCGCGCUGGAGAUGAGGCAUCAGGACGUCGUCGCUUGGGAGAAGGAUUAUUCUGAAGUUGAAGAAGCGGCCCGCACGUGCGCCCGCGGCUGGCAGCAGUACGUCAAGUGGCGCGAGCCGGCGUCCGCGGCGGCCAACCAGCGCGCCAAGCUCAGCGCCGCACCUGCGCGGGCGCACCCCUUCCUGCUGGACGGCGCAGAUCAAGCCGCUGAUGAUUUGGUGGAAAAGAUUAAGAAUUAUACACCUAAAGGGACAAUAUUGGAGCUCUCCGCUAAGAAUGAUUCGCCACAAUACAUAGCGAUGAAAGCCAAGAAGAAACUUCACGGAAAGAUGGUGCAGAAAACUAGAGAGAAUAAGAAAUUGAUGGCUGAAGGAAUAUUGGUAGAAAAUGUUAUGGAUACUAAUAAGAAAUCAAAGAAGAAAGAAGUGGUGAGAGACGAAAAUUACAUCCCGCAUCAGGCGAGCGAUCAACACACUGAAGCUGGUAUGGCGGUGAACUUCAACGCGGGCGCGGCGGCGGCGGAGCUGGGCGUGGCGGCCGACUGCGGCGCGGCGGCGCGCGCGCAGCGCGGCCUGCAGCGCUGGGACCGCAAGCGGAAGAAGAUGGUGCACGUCGACCCGGACGGUGGUCGCAAGAUGAUUCGCACUGAAAGCGGUGGGCGAGUGCCGGCCAGUUACCGCAGCGGCCGCUACCAAGAUUGGAAGAAACGGAACGCGGCUGUCGACAACGGUGACGAUGAAGAUGAUCGACCUGACCCUGGCAGGAAGAAACCAGUAUCGGAAUUCCGUCCACACUGGGUAAAGCACAACGAGCGAGUGGCCAAAAAGAAGGCAGAGGCGUCAUCGAACGAGUUCAAGAACAAACAACAGAUCGUGAAGGAGCGCCUGCGCAAGGAUAAACUCAAGCAACGGCUCAAGUUCAAAUCUAAAUCUAAGAAUAAUAAGAAGAAGAGAAAGUGAUCAAUAUAUAUAGAUGUUGGUUAUAUA